CUCUCUCCGCAUCGAGUCGAGUGUGUUUGCAUAUCAUCAGGUGUGAGAGGAGUUACUUCAUUCAUAAGCUCGUUGAUGGCUUCCAACCAGAUCAAGACGGCCGCGCAUGCCCGAGGGGGCGUCCCCAAAUGUCCAUGCGACAACGAGUCUCGUUGGGCCAUGGAACCUGCAGACAAAAUCACUGGCAUCAGCAUUGGGGCUGCUUCAUGCGUAAAUUCCAUUAAGAUAACCUUCGACAUCGACGGAACCACUCGAGUAACUCCCAGAUAUGGAGGCCCCGGCGGUGAACUAUUCCAGUUUAGUCUCAUGCAAGAUGAAUACCUCACCUCCGUUUCUGGGUAUGUCAAACACGACUGUUCUGAAUUUCCAUGUGUAUCUCAACUCACGUUUACCACCAAUCUUGGAAAGACAUACGGUCCAUAUGGAGGUGGGGGUGGAACCUUUUUCGAAGUCAACGUAGAAUAUGACGAGAUUAAGGGCUUCUUUGGUCAUGCAACUGCAGAGUAUCUCACUGCAUUUGGAGUCUACGUGAUGCUGGCUUAGUCAACCCUUGUGUGUCAUGAUGAAUAAGGAUGCCACUGUCAGUUAUUGGCAUUUAUGUUUGAAUUGGGUGUCAGCUUAAGGAGUUUGAAAUAAAGUCUAUCUUAUUAAUACUAUGAUGUGUCUCAUUGGUGA